AUGGCGGACUGCUGGGAAAGUCGUACCAUCCGGCUACGGGUGAACGAUGCUCAUUCCCUAUCUGAUGCCGUGAGGUUGGGUGGUGAGACCAAGUACUAUGGGACGCCGUCAGUUAGCCGUAAGCGCACUGAAAUUGUGAAACUUUAUUAUUCCUUUGGUGAAAGCGCCACCGCUGCACUUCGUGGUUGCAAAACCAAACAUGGUCUCAUCAAAGAUUCUUUCACCAUGUCGACCAUUACACGCUUGAUUGCGAAAUUUGAGUCCACUGGAUCUGUAUUGGAUUUUUCUGUCAAAGGGAGAAAAUCUCUGAGUGAUGAAAGAGCACCCAUUGUACAGAAUGCCGUCGAGCAACUUCAGUCCCGGAGCACCAUGGCAUCUUCGUCAAUAACUCAGGUGUCUCAGGGGGUAACUUUUCACAGUUCUGAAAAGCAAAAAGGAUUGGGCAACCUGAGCUGGACAGGGCAUUCCUACACACAUGGGAAUCUAUUUGUCGGUAUUAUCGUCAGCAACUCCACUAUGUGUCAGCCAACCAAAAGCAGAUCCACUGAGACAUCUGCACCACCACCCAGACAGCAUGCUACCAAAGGCGGAGUGAUGCAGCGUCUGUUGUACUUGAUGGGUAAAAGAAGGAACUACACAGAAGAAAACGCGGCGUUCAUUGGGACGCUGAGCAUUACUGGGAAAGCUCCGAAAUCUCCAUUUGGCCCUUUGCGCCCAUACAUCAACUUAAAAUUCUCUUCAAUGACCCAGCUACCCCAUCCAACAGAAAAUCACUGA